AUGACAGCGAGCGAAACAGCCCAAGGGGGGGGGACGCAUGGGAUCGGCAAACUUGCCGGUUUUGGUUUCGGGGUUUUCGGCUCUUUCGCUUCAGCUGCUGAGUUGGUACAUGCCGCCAGCCCUACCGCAACCGCACGCAACCGCAACCGCAAGCAAAAGACCGCAUGUGGUCGGGCCCCUCACUUGACUUCCACGCCUCUCACACGUCUCACGCCUCUCACGCCUCUCACGCCUCUCACGCCUCUCACGCCUCUCGCGCCCUCACACGCUUCUCACGCUUCUCACGCUUCUCAAAUCAAUCCCACGCCCAUUCUCUUUGCAGCCUUUCAGCUGCAGUGUCCCGUCGAGUCGCGUGCCACCUGCUGCCACGGCCUGCCCCUCCUGACGCCAAUGACCGCUUUCAUCGGUCUGCCUGUGCACCCUGCCGUGGCCCUCUGGCGAGUCUGCACCCUAUCGGGGGGCAUUCCAGCUCAGCCCGCUCACUCUGUUCCUGCUGCACUUGUGAUGCAAGCUCUGCAGCCCGCGCCGUUGCUGGGACCCCUCUUCUGCUUCCCAUCCUCGCCAGCAGCAAGGUGGAGGCGGAGACCAGGGCAAGAUGCUACAAGGAUGCUUUCCAGAGCCCCAUCAUGUACCAAUAAUGGCCGAUUCGAGCUCGUUGCAUGGGUUCUCACUGGCCCCGCGUUCUCCCAAGCCACUGACUGUGCUCCUGCUCCGUUUCGCUGUCGAUCAUACGACCUCCGUCGAAAACAUCGCGGCGGCCUCUGGGAUCCCCCACGUUGGCCAAUUAGGGCAGGAUGUUAUGUCAAGUGACGAUCUUCCAGCUCAAGUUUGCUCUUCCCGUGACACAAAAAUCCGAUUGCGGCGUUCCGAUGAUGCUCACAGCGCUUUCUCGCUCCAUGCAUUGGAUUGUCCCGCAGAAGGGGAUGGGGACGAACCAAGAAAUGGGCCCACGAGGAAACCGCCAACGGCCGAUAGUCGACUAGCCAGGUCCCCUUCUUUAAAAAGACGUCCCUUUCCCUUUCCCUUGCCCGUCUGACUGUUAUCUCUGCUUCCUUCGCCACGCCGGCUCAAGACCUCUCCCGUUUUCCGCAGACGUAAACUUGAGUCUCCUUUUAGGGAUAUCCAGUCAUUUUUGUCUCAGUCAUCAAUAUAAGAUCAAUUCGUGGUGCAGUGCCUCACAUCGUACUCUUGUUGAGACCUCGUGUUGCUGUAGUCAUCAGCUUUGAGACCCUCAAGAACCGUCCCAU